AUGGAUGACGAGAACCGGGGCCGAGACUUCCACCACCCUUAUGAACCAUAUGAAAUUCAAAAAGACUUCAUGAACGCCGUCUAUGAUUGUCUGGAAGAUGGAAAAGUCGGCAUUUUCGAGUCGCCUACCGGAACGGGGAAAUCAUUGAGUCUAAUAUGUGGCUCACUCACAUGGCUACGCGAUCACAAACGACGAGAGUUCGAAGAAGGCUGUGCAACAGAUGCGGCAAGCAAUGACGAACCUACUUGGAUGAUCGAGUAUGCUCGAAAGCAGAAAAAACAGGCCGCUAUCCACCGACGCCAAGAAUUGGAAACUCGUAUCGCAAAUAUCAAGAAAAAGGAGAAACGCGUCAAAGAAAGAUACCAGAAUGGAGAACCACUAUACAAGAGGCAGAAGGUUUCGUCGGAUCAAGCGAGCCGGGAGGAUGCUGAUGAGACACGCUUCGUCUUGGAUGACUAUGAAAGCGACGAAGAGGCGAGUCGGAAAUCCACGUCAUCCAAUUUCAAUCAUUUUGGCCUAUCCGCUGAGACGCAAGCUUUGAUGGAUCAGUUCGGAUAUUCAGUCGGCCCAAAGAAAGAGCGCGAAGAGGACGCUGUGGACGAGAUAAAGAUCUUCUAUUGUUCCAGGACUCACUCCCAACUAACCCAAUUCUCGAGUGAGCUCAAUCGGGUGAGAAUGCCGCCAGCAAUUAGGCUGGAUGCUCCAAAUGAAAUUAAGGACGAUGCUCAGUUGGUGGAGGACAUUAAAUAUUUGACGCUAGGCUCGAGAAGGAAUCUGUGCAUUAAUCCAAAAGUGAGCAAACUCGGGAACACCACUACUAUCAACGAACGCUGUCUUGAGCUACAACAGCCAGUGAUAUCUUCAGACUCUAAGUGCCCUUUCUUGCCCACGAAAGAAACCGAAACUCUAGUGAAUGAAUUUCGGGACCAUGCGUUGGCUAGAAUUAGAGAUAUCGAGGAUCUCGGGGUCCUAGGGAGGAAGCUGAGUAUAUGUCCAUACUACGCUUCUCGGCCAGCUACUAAAUUCUGUGAGGUCAUAACCUUGCCGUACCCCUUAUUGCUACAAAAAUCUGCGCGUGAAGCCUUAAAUCUCUCUCUCAAGGACCAUGUUGUUAUCAUCGACGAGGCGCAUAACUUAAUGGAUGCCAUCACAGGCAUUUAUUCCAUCUCAGUUACCCUGGAGCAAGUACAGUUAGCUCGCACACAGCUCACAUUAUACCUUCGGAAGUUUCGCCACAAAUUAAAGGGAAAGAACCGGGUUUAUGUUGCUCAGUCUAUUCGAAUCUUGGAUUCAAUCGUCGCAUAUCUUCGGUCGAAAAGUGCCGACCCCAAAGCUAUAGAUUGCCUCGUCAACGCAGGCGAUCUCAUGUCAGGUAAAGGUGUUGAUCAGAUCAACCUUUUCAAACUCAAUCGGUAUCUCCAGGAUAGUCGGCUAGCUCGCAAAGUCGAUGGUUAUACUGUCUUUGCCGAACAGUCCCAAGAGAACGGCCAAGAUGCGCAUAUCAAGCACACUCCCCGGCAGACUGUUCCCGUUUUAACGCAUGUACAAGGCUUCCUAGCUUCUCUGAUGAAUCCAUCUGCCGAAGGGCGAUUCUUCUUUUCCAAAGAAGAAGCGAACUCGAUAGCCUUGAAAUACCUGUUGCUAGAUCCCACCUUUCACUUCAAGGACAUUGUUGAGGAAGCUCGGGCAGUCGUUCUCGCAGGUGGUACAAUGUCUCCAAUGAGUGAUUACGAGGAGCAUUUGCUAUCUUACUUAGGCCCUUCAAAGAUCAUGACCUUGUCGUGCGGACAUGUAAUACCACCCUCGAAUCUCUUAGCUAUUCCUGUCAUAAGGACUUCGAGUGGAGCCGAUUUUGACUUCACGUUCGAGAAGCGCAACUUAGAGAGGAUGAUGAUCCACCUCGGAAAUGCAAUAUUGAGCUUUGCACAGCAUGUCCCCGAUGGCCUUGUAACCUUUUUCCCAAGCUACUCUUAUCUCGAUAGCUGCAUUGCUGCAUGGAAGCGUUUACGCUUUACCCCCACCUCUGGAUCCUCCUUUUGGGAUGCCCUGCUUAAGAUCAAACCGAUCUACCUUGAACAGCGGAGCCAACAACAAGCCCCAAACUCAGGAGUACCUUCUAAAGGAUCUAAAGAAGCAGCUGUGGACUCGGUCCUCGAUGCAUAUUGCAGCGCAGUUGCUUCCGGUAAUGGCCGUGGUGCUCUUCUCUUCGCUGUCAUAGGUGGGACUCUUUCCGAGGGUAUCAACUUUAGCGAUUCCCUAGGGCGCGGAGUUAUCGUCGUGGGGCUCCCAUUCCCCAAUCCGCAUUCGGCAGAAUGGAAAGCAAAGAUGCAGUAUAUUUCUACCAGAGCUUCCGGCAUUGGGCAGGGCGGCAAGGUUGCGGCACGGGAAUUCUACGAAAACGCUUGUAUGCGAGCCGUGAAUCAAACAGUUGGUAGAGCUAUUCGACAUCGAGGCGAUUAUGCUGCAAUCCUAAUGCUAGAUAGACGAUAUAGUGGGGAGCGAAUUCAGGCUAAGUUGCCCGGAUGGAUUCGAAGCUGUUUGGCGAAUGGGGCAGGGGUCGGAGAAGUUGUGAGACAUCUGGAUGAAUUCUUUGCGGGGAAAUGUUAGUGGAUCUAAGACCAGAACCGCCUCUAUCGCGAAUGGACUGUUGAACCGAUCGACACUUGCAUUCAUGCAAUGUCGGGUCUCUCCUGCUGGCCCAUUUCAAUAUUUUCAAACGCACACGCAGAGAAUCGAUAGCUUGAUAUGCACGAGGAAACGAAGACUCGUGCGUAUUUAUCGCGAGACCAGGGGAACUGUCUCCGGAAUUAAGCU